UGUGAUCUUUGUCCCAACAGCCACCCCUGGUGCUGGUGCAGCAGCGAGGGUCUGAGGCGGAAGCCGUGCUGACUUUUGUUGCAGUGGAGGCUGCAGGGCCGGGCAGCAGUCUGAGGGGCCAGGACCAGCAGGAGCAGCCUGCCACUGCUGUGGGGAUCAGUGCCAGACCAUACAGUACAGUACAGUACAAUUCCUUCAUCAUAUUAUGUGCCAAAGAAAAAAUCAAUGCCAUAACUUUGUACAGUACCUGUGUACCUCCUUUGUAACACAGUGUCACUAUAAGAUAUUGUACUGUAAUUUAGUACCUGAAAUUUUAGCACACUUAGGAAGGCAGGCACCUGCACAAGCUUCACUCAGGCCAAGAACUUGAAGUCCGGCUGCUAGUUGCCAAAUGCCAGGCUUGGGAGUCCCUUGAGAGGGCUGACGGGGCCACACCUUCCCCACCCCAGUGACCAACCCCUGAAGUCAGGGUUGAGGUCAAGAAUGCUGUCGCUGCCCUGCUGACUUUCCCUCAGGCCUGGUGACAAGGCCACACCCGGCCUCUACCAGGCGUGGCUUGCUGCAGAGAGGUACAGAAAGGUGGAGGAACACAGAUCCUUCCUUCUUACCUCCCCUCAGGUCUGGUGAGGGAGCUGAGACAGGGCCACACCCGGCCUCUACCAAGUGUGGCUUGGUGCGGAGAGGUACAGAAGGGUGGAGGAACACAGAUCCUUCUUUCUUACUGUACGUACCAGAAAGAAAUUUCACCGUAAUAUUGUUCUGUGCUGUCACUGUCCUCACAGUCGUACAGCACCUUACUGUACUGCAUGUUCUGAUCAGGGGUGAUCAGGAGAACCACCACCACCUUGCUGCUGGCAUCUCCAGCCAUAAAGGAAAGGGAGAGUUUGAGUAAGAAAAGGUUUGAAACCGAGAGCAAGUUCACCAGACACAGCCUUGCACACACUGCUGAAGGGAAGCAUGAGUGCCAAGAGUGUGGGAAAAGACUCUCUGGGAAGGGUGACCUCAACAAACACACCCACACACUCUGGUGGAAGACCUCAUGAAUGCCAAGAGUGUGGCAAAGUGUUCAGUAGGAAGAGUAACCUUAACACACACACCCUUACACACACUGGUGAAAGACCUCAUGAAUGCCAAGAGUGUGGCAAAGUGUUCAGUACGAAGAGUCACCUUAACAGACACACCCUUACACACACUGGUGAAAGACCUCAUGAAUGCCAAGAGUGUGGCAAAGUGUUCAGACACAAGAGUCACCUUAACACACACACCCUUACACACACUGGUGAAAGACCUCAUGAAUGUCAUGAGUGUGGCAAAGUGUUCAGUACGAAAAGUCACCUUAACACACACAUCCUUACACACACUUGUGAAAGACCUCAUGAGUGCCAGGAGUGUGGCAAAGUGUUCAGAAGGAAGAGUCACCUUAACACACACACCCUUACACACACUGGUGAAAGACCUCAUGAAUGCCAAGAGUGUGGCAAAGUGUUCAGACACAAGAGUUACCUUAACACACAUACCCUUACACACACUGGUGAAAGACCUCAUGAAUGCCAAGAGUGUGGCAAAGUGUUCAGACACAAGAAUCACCUUAACACACACACCCUUACACACACUGGUGAAAGACCUCAUGAAUGUCAAGAGUGUGGCAAAGUGUUCACUCAGAAGACUCACCUUAACACACACACCCUUACACACACUGGUGAAAGACCUCAUGAAUGCCAAGAGUGUGGCAAAGUGUUCACUCAGAAGACUCACCUUAACACACACAUCCUUACACACACUGGUGUAAGACCUCAUGAAUGCCUUGAGUGUGACAGAAGGUUCUUUUCAAAGUCUGAGUUGAACAGGCACGUUGUCACACACUCUGAUCUGAGAGAGUUCAAGUGUGAUGUUUGUCUAAAACAUUUCAAGUCCAAGCGGAAUAUUGCCAAGCACAUGAAGAUCCACUUCCCCUGAGGCGGUGGAGGACAAUGUUUGGCAACCCCGCCCUGGCUGAAGAACAAGAAGAAAGAGAAGACAAAGAGAGAAAGGCAGAGGGAUGGAAGAACAACAAGAACAGAAAAGAAAGAAAGGAAUGAAAAGACUAGUGAAAGAAAGAAGAGAAAGAUGGACAAGAAAAUAUUACGAAAAAGCACGAACAGAAAGAAAAGGAAUGGAGGAAAGGAAGAAAUUAUGAAAGAAGAGGAAGAGAAUAGAAGGAAGCCUGGAAGAAAAGGAGGAAGAGGAGCAGCAUCAAGACGGGGAUAGUUAGAAAAGGGUCAUCAGCAUCUUCUUGGCUUAUGGUCCAUCUUCUCCCUUUCCUGGGGUGGGACUUGCCAUGGUCCUCCUCCAUCUUGCUGGUCCGGUGUUAAUCCUUCCUCUGUUUCCAACACUCCCAAGUCUUGUGUCACUGUUCCUCUCCAUGCUCUCCUUGGUCUUACAACUGGUCUCCUCCCGGGCACCUCCAUUCCCUCCACCGCCCUCAGCACUCCGCCCUCUGUCUCUCUCCUCACAUGUCCCAACCAUUGCAGCCUUCUCUGUCUCUCUCUCCUCUGUGUCUCC